GCCGCGCGAUACUGAGUCCUGCCGCUGCUUACUCGGGUCGGGGCAGAAAUAUCAGGGCAUGGAGCCGCACAGUGCCGCCGGCCCUUUGCAGCUGCGCUUUUCGCCCUACGCUUUCAACGGAGGUACUGUAUUGGCGAUUGCUGGAGAAGAUUUUUCAAUUGUUGCUUCUGAUACUCGAUUGAGUGAAGGGUUUUCGAUUCAUACCCGAGAUAGCCCCAAAUGUUACAAAUUAACAGACAAAACAGUCAUUGGAUGCAGCGGUUUUCAUGGAGACUGUCUUACCCUGACAAAGAUUAUUGAAGCCAGAUUAAAGAUGUAUAAACAUUCCAACAAUAAGGCCAUGACUACAGGGGCGAUUGCUGCGAUGCUGUCCACAAUCCUGUACUCCAGGCGCUUCUUCCCAUACUAUGUCUACAACAUCAUUGGUGGACUUGAUGAAGAAGGGAAGGGAGCCGUGUACAGCUUUGACCCAGUGGGAUCCUACCAGAGAGAUUCCUUCAAGGCUGGAGGCUCAGCGAGUGCCAUGCUGCAGCCCCUACUUGAUAACCAGGUUGGAUUUAAGAACAUGCAGAACGUGGAGCACGUCCCUCUGUCCUUGGACAGAGCCAUGCGGCUGGUGAAAGACGUCUUCAUUUCUGCAGCUGAGAGGGAUGUGUACACUGGGGAUGCACUCAAGAUCUGCAUUGUGACCAGAGACGGCACCAGGGAGGAGACGAUUCCCCUGAGGAAAGACUAACCUGUGCCAUCAAUGCAGAACUUGCAGCUACUGCUCCUUGGAAUUUUCAAACAAAUCUGUUUAUUAAAGAAAACCAAAGUGCUUA